AUGUGGCAGGAAGCCCUAUCGACGCAUCCGAUCGUGACAGAGCGGCGUCCGCCCAAUGAAAGAGGCGGCGCCGAUAUUACGCGCCGCACGUCGCUGCUAGCGACACGCGGCACAGACCUGCUGGCUGUAGUGGAUAAUGAGCUACGGAUGACCAGCGUGGCGUAUGCGAAGCGACAUGUUGAACAGGGGGAGGGGGCACUCUCGUACAAAGUACUUACAAACGAGGCACUCAACUUCCCUAUUCAGUCGAUCCUAGUGAAUUCGACGGGAAAACUACUUGCGGUCGUUGGUGUAUACGAGGUCGUUAUUGUGAUUUUGCCUCGGCGCGGCUACAUGAAGCAGGUCGGCACGGCCCUACCAGUCAAGGCCGUGCGUGUGGGAACAUACUACCAUGCGCCUCAUGGAACAUCGCCUAUUGCACAAUGCAGAUGGCACCCAUACGGUGCAGGUGGCGUGAGUUUCAUUGUGCUUACGGAGGAUGCCGUGGUGCGUGAGUACGACGUUUCGCAUGACGUGGACGAGCCGCAGCAGACAUUGGCAGUCCUCGGACAGCCGACGCGCACGUCUUCGAUGCUUUCGGCUGAGGACGAUGAUGCAAAAGUGGCUGUGUCUUGCACAUUUGGCGAGGAGAGCAGCAGCUGGCUCCUGUUCACGCUAUUGGUACUUAUGCGCAGUGGUGACGUCUACAUAUUGUGUCCGUUUAUGCCGAAACAUGCAGCGCUUCCACGCUUGCAUGUAGAGACCCUAGCGGCAUUAGAGGCGCGGAAUACGCAGAACUCGACACUGGCGAUGAGGUUCUUGGGCGAUUUGGUGCGCCAGAUGCAAGAGGCGACGGCGCCGUCAUUUGACGACACAUCACUGGACCUUGCGGAGCCGUUGACGGAAGGCUAUGUACACGUUGUGUUGCCUGCCUGUGUGCCGCAUCGUACCGCGGCCCAAGGACCUUGCCUCAUGCGCCCUGCGCCGGUAGAGCUGAAUGAGGACGUUGCGUCUAUGGCCUGUGACGUGAUCAUGACACGUAUUGCUGAGGAUCAAGCGGCACUGGAUGUAGUGCUCAUCGCGACACUCGAAGGCAGCAUCCAGUGCGGUCUGCUUGCGAAGCCCGUUGUGCCGCAUUGGAUUAUGGGACGCAGUCAUGCAGAGCUGCCGAUCAUGGCCGUGUGCGAAUGCAUUGACUUGGAACUGCCUCGCUUGGAGGCAUCUGUGCGCACGUUGCAAUUCGUGAAAGAUGCUCUAUACCCCGACAUGGUGUGGGUGACUCAUAUGCAUGGUAUGCAUGCGCUCUCGCUCCAGCCAUGGACAGCACCGCUGCUUUCUGCGAUGGCAAGUGGAAAUACCGACAGACUAGCCGCGGAGCAGCAGCAUCACACGACCGUGGCACCAUUCGUUUGCCUCACAACAAGUGCUGAUGCGCCUGCCAUCACUGGCGCCUGUAUCAUUAAUGAUGUCUAUCUAUCGUAUGCCUUUUUCAUUCUCACCAGUGAUACGCAGCUGCUCGCCCGCGAACUGAAUUUGCGCUCCGUCACAGAAGCGCAUCCACCUCCUACCGGGAGAGUGGCCGAGUAUAAGACGCUGCUGGCCGAGCCCUUCGAGAUGCCCAAGGCACUUGAGCCCAUGCAGCUUCGACCACCGAACAUGCCUGGCGAGAUACGUGCGGAUGCACAUACGCUCCGAGCCUUUGGCCAGGCGACCGAGACGGUUCGCCAACGUUUGCAGGACGUGGCCAAAGCAGGCCAUGCGAUUCAGACGCGAAGCGCGCAGCAAAUGCGCGAAAUGCAGCGGCAAGUAGCCCAACUGGCACAGGCAUCGAAGCGUGUCGAUGCGGUGCUAGCUGAGGUACUGCGUGCGCGUAUCGAGCGUAUCGAUCAAACGCAGCGCGCUACGGUGCAGCGCCUCGACACCUUACUUCAGCAAUUGAUGGAUGAGCAUACGCCGCAGCUAUCCGUGUAUGAGCGCCGUUGGUUUGACGAGCUUCAGCGCAUGUCGCACGAGUUCCUUGGCGACAAAGCCAAAGCAAAGGAGCAGUUGCUGAAGUUGGAGCACCAAUGGUCACACCUGCAGCAUCACCACCAUCUACAAAGCGACCAAGUGCGUCCCAAGUCCUCCGAACUCGGUUCGCGCCAGCGCGAACGGAUCGAGCACACCCUAGCUCAAGAAGCGCAAAUGCUGGCGCAAGCACGCUCCAAGAUCCAAUAUCUGCGCACGGCUUUGGGUAUGCACACGUAG